GCAGAUCGUCCUGUUAUUUCUCCACUCAAUAUGCACGGCGACGAAGACUGGACGACCAUUUUGAGUGACCAUCCAAUUUUCGAGCCAAAAGAUGAGCCGAAGACAACUGCCAAGGACCGAAUGUCUAUGCUGGAACUCUCCACGUCUUCUCUUACCGAUUUGACGCGUCCGACUCGUGAAGAUGGUACGCAUGCACCCUCAGGAAGACGGCAAGUUAUGGCAAUUAGGGAUAGCGACUUGAUCGUGGCUGUCGGAGACGAGAUAAGGAUCACGUCUUUGGGAGAGUCGAAACUGCACCCGACCGCAAUGAAGUCCUACAAGACUCUGUACACGCCGAAUAUACAAUUCGAGAUACGCCAGGUGGCUGUCAAUCCCAAUGGUAAGCUACUCGCCGUCGCGGGUGCUUACCAGAUUGCAGUGGUCGUCCUACCUAAGCCUGGUUUCAGCAAGCUUGUUUCAUCUACCGUCGACUGCAAAUCGAUCCAGGUGGGACAAUUCUACCAUGCCUCGAGUACCUCUAUUCCUCUGGCCAAAAUCGAAUGGCAUCCUUGGGGAGAUGCAGGUUCUACCCUGCUAGUUAUGACAGUUGAUGGCAAGCUGAGGGAGUAUGACGUUUCGGUUGACCCAGAAGAACCUCAGCAAGUAUUGUCCUUCGUUCCAGAAAACCGGAGAAAGUCAUACAUGGCCCAGGACGAAUCUGAGUUCGAAGUUGCAUCCUUUACUUUGGGUAAAGGCAGGGGCGAUUGGGGUCCACUAACAGUCUACGCGCUCACGAAGAGCGGUGAUGUCUAUGCAAUCUCGCCUUACAUGCCCAUCAACUCGACAAUCCCCUCUGCGUACAUUCAUACUUUGGAAUGUUUCGUGGCAGCGAAACAGGAGUACCUCACUCAGGAUGAGUCACCAGAAUCAAGAACAUUUUCCGCUGUCUAUGACUAUCAGCGGAAAUACGUCAAUGCGUUGCUGAAACAGCUACCUCCGGGAACCGCUUUCCCUGCGGAGUCUCGACCCGUUCCCAUGCACCCUCCUAACACCAUCAAGUUCAAGCCAGUUCGUCAAGGUCCCUUCCUUAUGCAGCCUGCACCUCGAGAGUUGGAGGGUAGCGAAGGAGGCCAGGCCACUGAUAUUUCAUAUCUUACAUUCGAGACUUGUGAAGACUCCGGUGAAGGAGAGACGGAGCGCUUAGGCAUCGUUACGAUUGCGUAUCAAGAUGGCCGAGUAGACGUUUGCCUCGACGUAGAGAAGAUUGAAGCCAAAUGGGAGACGAGACAGAGAGGCGAACGUGAUCUACCUAUGCUCGCUGUAUACGAGACAGUAGAUCUCGGCCUCGUGUCGGCGCUCUCUAAGAUUUCCCAAGAAGAAGGCGAGCCUUCGACGUUGGAGCUACUGCAGGCUAAUCAUCCUGUCCUACUGACGGAUCCCAUUCAUGAAGAUGCGGUAUAUGUAUAUCACGCAUUUGGGCUGCACGCCUUGCACCUCGGGUCUUUGCUUCAGAGCCUCACACAAGCAAUCCAGCGUGAUAACGAUGAUACACCAGACUCCCUGGACGCCGCUCUGCGCAAAGCUGAGGCCACUCUGGUCCGUCCUAUCUUAUCAACCUUCUCGGUGGAACGGAAGUCUUCGAAUCCAGUGAUCGCUGUCGUAAUCCCCGACGACGUCUAUUUUACCUACAGCAUAUUCAUCCUUACGUCCGCUAUGCGCAUCAUCUCCUUCCCAUUAGCGCUAGAGCUCGAUUCACCUCCGCCGUCACGUACAGAAAAGCCCCUGGCCAUUGAAGGACCUGAAGACCCCGCAGGGUCUACAACUCCUGAAGGACCUCCCGCCUAUGUUUCGCUUUUGGGUGCACAGCCUUUUGUGCCUCCUUCCGUUUUGUCCAAUUUCUCGGGCCUACCGUCGAGCCCGCAUUUGGCUUUACCGUCCGAACAAAAGUCCGAAUUCAUGAUAACGCCAGAUAGCUUGCGAUACCUGGGAACCACCGUCGAGCGAUUUAUGGCCCAAAUACGAGAAGUAAAACUUGCUCAAAAGUGCGCGGAAUCUCGGCAUGUGCUGCAGAUCCAAGAGUACCAAAGGCAGCAAGAGAAGUUACAGGAACUCGGCAAUCUGGUCGAUAAAUUGAAGGGCGCACGCCACGCGGCUGUGAUAGAUAAAGUGAAGGCACUUCAGGCUACACAGAAGACACUGUUUACGCGCCUAGACAGGACUCUACAGGCCAUGAUGCAGAAAGUUUCUCCGGAACUGAGCCAACAUGAGAGGAAGUGGUUCGAGGAGCUCAAGAGGAUGAAGGAGGAAGUCGUCGGAGCUAGUCGCUACGACGAAGAAUCAUUAUCUCAACGUAUAAAGAUGCUCCAACGUGAAUACGAUCGAUUAUUGCCUAGUCUCAAAGAACUUCAAAGAAGAGAGGCUGAGCGCAAGAGAAGAGAGGCAGAAAAAAAUCAAGGUCUCGGACUAAGUCAAGCAUUCGAGCUCGGUGAACGGUCCAGUGAAGAACGAGCUCGUAUCUCUGCGCUAGAGGAAGAGAUACUGCAGUUAUCCUCCCGGCUCGACGUCGCGCUAGGCCCUCCCCCUCCUUUGAAAAGCUAGGACGUCACUGGGAAGGUUGGCG